UCGAAUCUGUUUUUUGGAUGCGUAGUCGUACAGUUUAGGCAUUUCUCUAUGGUUUAGGUGUGACAUGCGAUCGCACGUCGACAUCGGACGCUAUGGCAUACUCGUGCCUUAUGUGCCACCGAAGCCCCGAAGUGCUCUGACAUAUACCUUCACAUCCAGAGUGCGGGAAGCCUCGAGCUCGCUUCUUCCCGACGCCGCCCCGGCUUCGAGCGCCGGCGGGGGCCUUCUCCAUCGGCGUUGCCGCCUCUGGGAGGCGGCUCUCAAAAGUUCAGAGUUGGCAGACCGCAGCUCUGGGCCAUCCGGCAAGCCGAAGGUGCCGCUCGAGUUCAAGGACUUCGAGCCGCCACCUAAGGCCACCACAACAAAAACUGCCGGACCAUUCUCUAUUAAAGUUUCUUCUUCAUCCUUCGUAGGAUUGCUGUUGCAUAUAUUGCCCGAAGCUGGAUGAUCGUGUAGCUGGUGGACCGGCAUUCCUGACCCCUUCAACUUUAGCACAAGCCUCAGAAGCUGUGUCAGGAGCAGGACAUCCACUUCAUGGGUGGCUUGGUUGAAGAUUGGGCAAGCUGCCUUGCCAGGGAUGGUGUGCACCCGAGCCGCCACGGAAACCGGCUGUUGGCAGACUACUUCUACAGGGAGGCCCGCAUCCUGGCUGCCACUGUGGAGAGGGGCCGAAUCCUGCACAACUACAAGGACAGGCUGUCGCCAUCUUCCUGGAGUGGCUGGGCAGAACCACCUGCAGCACCUGCCUUCAGCAGUGCCGACUUUUCUCCCCUUGAAGCUAACUUUAUUUCUUCUGCAGCAAGCAAGCCAUCUUGGGUGAAGCCAAGAACACCGACGCAGAUGACCAGCCGUGCUUCCUUGCAGGCGUGCAACACCGACCUGCUUCCUUGUGCCCUUCAGGGUCCUGGCUUUGCUCUCGUUGGCGGUGUUCGCGUUCGCCGCAAGGGCAGCAAGACCUCGUGCACCUGGGACAGCCUGCCUUCACCCAUGACCCAUGGUUCAAGGGUACCGAGAAGGGGAAAGGCCGAGUGAGGAAUGAAAACCCGCCACUUUAAGGUGCCAUGAAAGAGUAGCUGCUGCUUCAAUCUUCAAGAGGUCGGCCAAAUACAGCUAUGCAUUUGCACUGAGAAAAUGUUGCUUAGCUCUUUCAGAUUGUUCAAAUAAAGUGAU